AUGUCCGGGCGAUUUGUGCGUUCCUCCAAAUACCGCCACGUCUUCGGGCGUUCGACGAGAAAGGAACAAUGCUACGAUAACCUUCGCGUCUCCAGAAACGCAUGGGAUACCAACCUGAUCAAGGUUAACCCGAAACACCUUGCGGUUAAUUGGGAAGCUGGUGGCGGCGGUGCUUUCGCCGUCAUCCCUCUCGAAGAGCGUGGCAAGCUCCCGGAGCGCAUCCCUUUGUUUCGGGGUCACACCGCAGUCGUGCUCGACACCGACUGGAAUCCUUUCAACGAUGAUCUGAUUGCUUCGGGUUCCGACGACGGAAAGGUCUUCCUCUGGCGGGUUCCGGAGAACUUCACCGUGCGCCCCGAUGCCGAUGCCGAUGACAUCAAGGACAUCGCGCCUGUUGGCAAACUGAACGGCCACCCCAAGAAAGUCGGCCACGUGCUCUUCAACCCCGCGGCGGAAAACGUGCUGGCAACGGCCUCGGGCGACUAUACUGUGAAGAUCUGGGAUAUUGAGGCGGGUGCGCCCAAGCUGACCCUCAAUGUCGGCGACAUUGUGCAGUCACAGUCGUGGAGCGGUAACGGUUCCCUUCUGGUCACCACCUCACGCGACAAGAAGCUCCGGAUUUGGGAUGUCCGUCAGGAGCGCCCGGCGCAUGAGUCGAACGGACACUCGGGAGCCAAGAACAGCCGUGCUAUUUGGCUGGGAGAGCGCGACCGGAUCGCGACCACCGGUUUCUCCAAGAUGAGCGACCGCCAGCUGGCCUUAUGGGAUAUCCGUGCCGCUCGUGAGCCCAUUAGUGGCUUCAAGACCUUGGACUCCAUCUCGGGUGUUUGCAUGCCCUUCUGGGACGAAGGUAACAGCUGCUUGUAUCUGGCUGGACGAGGUGAUGGAAAUAUCCGAUACUUCGAAAUCGAAAACGACAAGUUCGAGUUCCUUUCUGAAUACAAGUCCGCCGACCCUCAGCGUGGUGUCGCAUUCAUGCCCAAGCGAGGUGUGAAUAUGCACGAGAACGAAAUUGCUCGAGCAUACAAGACCAUCAACGACAGCUACAUUGAGCCCGUCUCAUUCAUUGUGCCCCGUCGUUCCGACAACUUCCAGGACGACAUUUACCCGCCCACUCUCGGAUUGACCCCUGCCAUGAGCUCCGCCGAGUGGUUGUCGGGCAAGGAAGCUAUCCCACCUAAAAUCUCCAUGGCCAGCCUGUUCGAUGGCCAGGGCCUCAAGGAGGUUGAAGGUGUGCAGGACAAGCCUACCGGCACCAUGGGUGCUCCCGAGCCCAAGCCUGCUGCUGAGCCUGUGGCCAAGAAUCCCGAGCCUGCAGUUACGAAGGCGGUCCCCGAGUCUAUCCCUGAGCCCACCCAGGUGGCUCGUCCUGCUCCGUCUAUGAAGGAGCAGGGUGGCGCCAUGGCCGCCAUGGUGAACAAGUUUGCCGACGACGAAGAUGAGACCGAGUCUGUGGAUGAUGACUCCAGCUUCGAGGAAGUCCCCAAGCCUACCGAGCGUGCUCGCUCGACUGUCACCGAGACCUCUUCUCUCAGAGUCAGCAGCCCUCUGCGGCCAAAGGAGACCGAGGCCAAGCCCGAGGCCAAGCCCGAGCCUAAGCCUGAGCCCCGUGCAGCCACCCCCAUCGCUUCAUCCCCCGCCAGCGAGUCCACCCUGCCCACCAGCACCGUCCAGCGCGAGAUGGAGGAGAUCAAGAAACUGAUCGCGGAGCAGACCAAGACCAUUGCGUCGCAGGCUCAACAGAUGCAGACAUUGACUUCCGAGAUUGAGUCCCUGAAGAGCAAGCUGACCUAG